AUGGACGAUCUCACCGACGUCAGACAGGAAGAACUGCGCGCGGAAUUGUCGCUAGCCGCAUUGCGCGAAGUGAUAGAGGACCGAGAACUGGAGGCGGCCACUCUGGGCCAAGCCCCCAUCGCGGCCGGCCCUGAUAGGAUCUCUGCUGCGGAGCCCACGCUGCAGGAUGCACUGCAGAACGGGGGCCCCCUCGACAAAGAGCUGGGCGCGACCCCGGGGUUCUGGGACACAGUCAAGUCGGCUUAUCCGGCCGACCCCACGUUCGGGAAAGUCGUGGCGAAAGUGAGCGAUUAUCCCAACUUCUCCAUGCAAGAUGGACUCCUCUACGUGCGCACUCGGUUGGGAUUCCUCUGCGUGUGUAUUCCUCAGGGAAAGUUGGGGCCGAGAGCCUUAACCGAACUGGCGAUUGACCACGCCCACCGUACCCUCGGACACCUCGGGCUACAGAAAACUUCCGAGUAUCUGCGACGUUGGGUCUGGUGG